UUCCUUCCGAAGAGAAGGGCAGGGUUUUUGAUGUGAUAACUACAAUUAGUCACCAUAUAGUAUUGACACUGGAAUGUUAGACUUGUAAAAUGACGGUCUGGAGAAAAACAGACGCAAAGACCAAACUUUGUGUCGCCAUUUAUAAUUAUAAUGGCGCCGGAGAUCACAAACUUCAGUUGGAUGUCGGAGAUGCCGUCCAAAUUAUUGAAGAAUGUGAAGAAUGGUACAGAGGUUUUGCGAUUAAAAACAAGCGAUUACAUGGAAUUUUCCCAAAAUCUUAUGUCUGUGUCAAGGAAUGUGUGUCAGAGAUGCAUGGAGGCAUGGAAAUUAUCACGCCUAAAGAACCAUUGGUGGCUCAAGAAAUCUCAUCGGUUUUAAAGGAAUGGAAUGACAUUUGGAAAAUGUUGUAUGUCAUACGAGGUAAAGACUUUGACCGUGUAAAAGACAUGCUGACAGAUCUGUUCGCAUGGCGACAGAAAGCCCUCUCACGUAAACUAACAAUAGAUGAACUUGGAGCCUUACAACAACAGGUAACAAUGAAAAUAGACUAUGGAAAUGCUUUAUUAAACCGUGAUUUGGUAGUAAGGGACAAUUUCGGAAAUAUGCUUAAUUUAGAUCAUACAAGUAUUAUUGAAGUGUAUCGUCGACAUGUGACUGCUGCAGAAACUAUUAAAAAUAUCAAAUUAGAAUCUUCAGGUAUUGAAGUUGAAAGCGAAUCAAAAUUUGCCUGGCCAAGUACUUUUAAUCUCUUUGUGAUGUUACGAAACUUUGUUGUUAAGAUCGGAGAAGAUGCUGAUAUUUUAAUGAAUUUAUAUGACUCUAAGGAAGGAAAAUUCAUUAGUGAAAAUUAUAUUGUAAAAUGGACAAAGGAAGGAGUACCAAAAGACAUUGAUAUGUUGAAUAAUUUUAAAGUUGUCUUCACUGAUCUGGGAACAAAAGACAGACUUCGUGAAAAAGUAUUUUUAGUUUUUCAAAUCAUUCGUAUUGGGGUAAUGGACACUAAAGCCCAAAAUCCUAAAAAUACACAGCGAAUAAGAAGACCAUUUGGAGUAGCAGCAAUGGAUAUAUCUGAACUAAUUCAGGGGACAAAGGAAUACAACGAAGAUCAACAGCAUUUUAUUCCAUUUCAACAAUGUGGGGAAGAAUUUAUGGAAACGGUGACUAAAAAAGUAAUUGUGGCAAAGGAUAUUAAUCAUAAGGGUCAGGGAAUCUGGGUUUCGAUGAAAGUGUUAUCUGGGGACCUCAAGCAGGUGCAGGAGGACUAUCCCCAUGUCAUUAGUCAAGGAUGUACAUUUGCACGCAAGAUUGGUUUCCCAGAAGUUAUCAUGCCAGGGGAUGUACGUAAUGAUAUCUACAUAACAAUCAUGAGUGGAGAAUUUUACAAGAGUGCAACAAAGACGACUGAUCGUAAUGUAGAAGUUACUGUCUUGGUUUGUAAUAGCCGAGGAGAUGCUCUACAACAGGUCAUUAGCCAUGGUUGUGGUGACGAGAUGUGCGGUGAAUACAAGUCCAUGGUCUACUAUCAUGAAGACAAACCAAAAUGGCAUGAAACACUCAAAGUCACCAUCAGUUCUACUGAAGAAGAGUUUCGCGGGCUUCACCUUAAAUUCCUAUUCAAGCAUAGAUCAUCAGCUGAAGCAAAGGACAGAUCUGAAAAACCUUUUGCGAUGUCUUACAUCAGAUUGAUGAAUGAAAAUGGAACAACUAUGGAGGAUUGUGUUCAUGAGCUUCUUGUGUACAAAUUAGAGUGUAAGAAGCAUGAAGAUCGUGGAUAUUUGAAUUUACCCACAAAUAAAAAAGAGCUGGAGCAUCGUUAUGCCAAUCAUCCCUCGGGUAAGAUUCAUGUACAGUCAAAAUCAGGAAGCAUUGUAUACAACAGUAAAGAUAGUUUUACAAUGGAAACGUAUGUUUGCUCGACAAAGUUGACAAAUAACCUGGAUCUGCUCGGUUUAUUGAAGUGGCAGGAAGUCUUAUCUGACACAAAAUCUCUCCAAAGACAUUUAGAACAUCUAAUGAAAGAAGAAGGAGAAGAAAUUGUUAAAUUUUUACAAGAUUUAUUGGACUCUCUUUUUAACAUCCUAAUGCAGAACACAAAUUCCGAACUUUGUGACAAUCUGGUAUUUGAUGCACUUGUUUACAUCAUUGCUCUAAUAUCAGACAGAAAAUAUCAUCAGUUUAGACCAGUUUUGGAUGCUUACAUUGAUUCCAACUUCAGUUUUGCAAUGGCCUACAACAAACUUAUGGCCAUUCUCAAGUAUUAUGUAGACAAUGCUAAUGAAAAAUCAGAUCAUGAACAACCUCUUCUUCGAGCCAUGAAAUCCUUGGAGUACAUUUUGAAGUUUGUGAUUAAAUCAAGACUACUCUUCGCCAUGAUUAAUGAAGGCCGAGGAAAGCAACAGUUUGAGAUGACACUUAAGCAGCUUCUGUUGUCCAUAAAUGGUAUGAUGAUGUACACUAGUGACCAAACUCUCCUAGUCCAAGGUGCUGCUUUGAAGUACAUCAGUUCUAUAGUGGCAGAUGUCAUCACAGUUUUCGAUCCAGUAGAACUUGCAACAAUUAUGGUCCAGUUUAUCGCUAAUGUUCCUAAAGAUCGUCUUGCCAGACAAAAGAUGAAAUGUAUCGAUGAUCUUAUCCACACAGAUUUGUUUAAAAGAGCUGAAUGUCGCCAGGUGUUGAUCAAAGCCAUCUUUCAACACACAAAAGAAAUGAUGGAAAAGAAUGUUGAGAUAGAAGCAUGUGUUGAUGUUCUAAGUGAUAUCAUGCAUUGCCUUUAUCUACCAGAAACAGGGAUCCAUGAUAGUGAUCUUACUAUUGUCACAAAAUCCAUCUUAAGGACAGUCAUACAGACAGUUAUUGGAAUGGAUAGAAAGUCAACGGCUGUUGGAAAAUGUGUGUCAGUUAUGUUAAGUAUUUUACGCCAGAUGAGUGAAAAUCACUACCUGAGUUAUAUUGAAAGCUUCCCAACAACCUUUGACCUCCUAGACUUUCUGAUGGAAAUUUUGAUGGUGUUUCAGGACUUGUUUGGCCACAAUGUCUUUCCCAGAGAUUGGGUUGAAAUGGUAAUGAUUCAGAAUAGCAUCAUCUUACGAGCAUUGCGAUUCUUUGCCAAUACAAUCCAUGAUAAAUUUUCAAAUCCUUUCGAACAACAGUUGUGGAAUAAUUUCUUCCACUGUGCCAAAGACUUCUUGACUCAAGAUGCCCUGCAACUGGAGCGAUUCACCCAAACAAAAAGAAACAAAAUAGUCACAAAAUACAAAGAUAUGAGAAGAGAAGCAGGGUUUGAGAUUCGAUCCAUGUGGUUUAAUCUUGGUCCCAACAAAAUUCACUUCAUUCCUGAUUUAGUUGGACCAAUUCUAGAAGUCACGCUCAUUCCAGAAACAGAGCUCAGGAAAGCGACUAUACCAAUCUUCUUUGACAUGAUGCAGUGUGAAUUUGGGCAACCAAUCCCCAAAUCAAAUCGAAUCCAGGGGAAUUUUAACUUUGUUGAAAAUGAAAUGAUCACACAGCUGGAUGUUUUAGUGGAAGAAGGACGGGGAGAUCCAGAGUAUCAAGAACUAAUGUAUGAAAUCCUUUACAAUAAGUGUGAUGGACACUCAACCAUGAGAGAGCAAGGCUUAUCUUUUGUGGAAAUGAUUCAAAAGCUAUUGCAACGACUGUUAGAAUACAGGCUCAUUAUGAAGGAUGAAGUUAAGGAACAUCGUAUGAGCUGCAUUGUCAACCUGUUGGAUUUCUAUCAUGCCAUCAACAGACAAGAAAUGUAUAUCCGCUACCUUCACAAGUUACACGAUUUACACAUGGAAUGCGACAACUUCACAGAAGCUGGUUACACACUCAUCCUGUAUGCCAAACUGUUGAACUGGUCCGAAGAACAACUGCCACCCAUGUUGCACAAUAACAAAUACCCAGAAGCCAUAACACACCGAGAGCUAAAGGAAUACCUGUAUUAUGACAUCAUAUCCUGUUUUGAUAAAGGUAAAAUGUGGGAAAAGGGCAUUGAACUUUGUAAGGAACUGACUCAGCUAUAUGAAAAAGAACUCUUCGAUUAUAUGAGUCUGAGCAAAACUCAUAAACGUCUUGCUGAACUCUUUGACAAUAUCAUGAGACAGAUGCGACCAGAGCCAGAAUAUUUUAGGGUUGGUUACUACGGUUGGGGUUUUCCCUCAUUUUUACAAAAUAAGGCCUUUAUAUACAGAGGUAAAGAGUAUGAAAGGCUGGUGGACUUCAAUGCCAGAAUGCAAAUUCUCUUUCCUAAUGCUGAGCUGAUGAAGACUCUUGAUCCUCCUACUGAUGAAAUUAAAGAAUCUCCCAGACAGCAUCUGCAGAUAAAUGCUGUCAGUCCAAUCAUGGAGUUAAAGGAACCUUUCAAAAAUAAACAAGUUGGGGAACAAAUCCUGAAAUAUUACAUGGUCAAUGAAGUCCAAAAAUUCACCUAUUCUAGAAAAUCUGACGAAAGCCCAAAUGAUGUCACCAAGAUGUGGCUAGAGAGAACCAACCUGGUGACGUCUUAUCCUCUACCUGGUAUUGUUGGAUGGUACCCAGUUGUUUCAAUGAGCACAUUUGCAGUCAGCCCUCUAGAAAGUGCCAUUGAGACACUAGAAAACAAAAACAAGAAGAUUUUAUCAAUGAUAGAACAGCAUCGCCUUGAUCCAAAUCUUCGUGUCGAUCCAUUAGGGAUGUUGCUGAAUGGUGUUGUUGAUCCAGCAGUAAAUGGUGGAAUCUCUAUGUACAAAGUUUUUUAUAAUGGAGAAUAUCUGUUACACAGUGAAUGCCAGCAUGACAGUGAACUGAUAGAGAAGUUAAAACAGCUCACUCUUCAGCAAGUAACAUUACUAAGGGAUGCUUUAAUGAUUCAUCGAAGGAAGGCUCCUGAAAACUUGAAACCAUUUCACACCCACAUGGAACAAAGAUUUGCUGAAAUGUGCAAUAUAAUUGAAAAAGAAUAUGGCAUUAAGGUCGCUGACAAAGGAUUUGCUAGUGCAUCAUUAAGAAGAAACCAAUCCCUUCCUAACACAGCUAUAGGCAGGACUAGCGGUUAUUAUCCAAGCACAUCAUCUUCCUCAUCUUCUGACAUCAACUCCUUAACCCCAAACAAAUACCCUUCAGGUCACAGGACACAAUCUGUUUGGGUACGACCAGACAAAACGUCUGUGUCACCAGGAAAAACAAGUCUGCAAUCCAAAAUGGGUAACAUUAUCAAGAGAGCUUCUGCAGUGGCAGACUCUAUUACAGAUAAUCGCACCUCACUGGAACAACCUAUAGAACUGAGCGAACAACUUGUGACAAGAAGACCACCUAGACCAGAAUCAGAUAAAAAUAGUCGUCCUGUAAGUAAUCAAUUCAGGAGUGAUAAUUUGAGUACAAGUUCUUUAAGUCUUGCCUCAAACACAACAGCUACAUCAGAUACUAGUGAUGCAUUCUCAUCAGAUGAACCUCCACCACUUCCUGAAAAGUCGGCUUAUGCAGAUUAUACUAAUACUGUUGAUGUGGAUCCUCAAACUUUGCCACGCAGACCUUCAGCAACACCAUCUAUCAAAAAUAAACCCCAACCACCCUUACCUGAGGCCGACAGGCCUCCCCCAGUGCCAAAGAAGCCUCAUUGAUAGGCCAAAUGAUCUUUUAUUGUUUUGAAUCAUGACAUUUUAUGCUGCUAUAACGAUUAAAUGCUGAAUAUAUGUGUAUGACUAGAAUAACCAGUGAAAGAGAUCUGAAUAAUAUUCCACUUAAUUUAGUAUUUUAAGAAUUAAGAUCGGUUCAGCAUCAACCAGAACUAGCUUUCACAAGAUAAAGCAACAACGAAAGUUCUCGGCAACUGGAAAGACUUUGGGUUUUUAUUGAUCAAUUUGUUUGUGUUGUUUUGUUUUUUUAAAGACACUUAGGACAUUGUUUUACCAGUUUUUAAAAGAAAGUGUAUUGUGCUUUAGUCAACAGUCAGAACACACGAAUUUAGUAUUAUUGUGGACACUGAAAUUAUUUUAGUACUAGUAGUUGAGAAUAGUAGUGUUUUUUAUAUAUGGGUAACAAAUUUAAUUGGAUACACAUAUAUUGCUGAAUAAUUAGAAAUAACUUUGCUGAAACAGGUGCUAUUAUUUGUGUUUCAAGCAGAAAAUGUGGCAUUGAAUAGGGAACCUUAACUGUAAUGUGCUGUAUCAACUAGUGAAAAAAGAAUGAUUAUUUUGAUCAGACUGCAUAAAAGUUGGACCUCAAAUUACUUUCCUAAAUCAAUUAAACAAAGUACAAGUUUGAUGUGCUAGUCUUGAGUUUAAAUCAAACAAGAAACUAUAAGAGAAAAGAAUAUGAAAUUUGAUCUUAAAAAUAUGUAUUUAAUUAUAAAUUAAACCCUACCAAAUUGUACAUAUUGCCAAAAUGUUCUUGGUUCAUUUCUUAAAGCAAUUUUAUUUUAAUUUUUUAAGUGAGUUAAAUAUCAGAUGUAUUUUAUCUUGAAUAGUUUAUGGAAGUGCUUUUUAUACGCCCACAUUUUCAUGUGGACGUAUAUUGUCGUCGCCCUUGUCUGUCAGGAUGUCCGUCUGUCUGAAAAAAUUUUGUGAACACUCUACAGGUCACAAUUUUUAUCCGAUUUUGACAAAACUUGACAUACUGUAUAGGUCAAUCUACCAAAGAUCUUGGUCGCUUUCGAUAGUGGCAUGUAUCCGACCAUAACUUCAUGGAUUGUACGAAAAGUGAAAUGUUUAGCUUCACAAUUUUCAUCUGAUUUUGAUGAAACUGGAAAUGCAUGUUUAUAACCCAAAGAUCCAGGAUUCUUUCGAUAUUAGUGCAUAUCAGAUCGUAACUUUCUGAAUUAUGACCCUUGAGGUCACAAUUAUUAUACAAUUUAAAAAAAACGUUUGAAUAUUUCACCGUAACGCUGCAAUGUUGGUUGAGUUGAAAUUUUGCAAUUAUCAGACAAAAACUGCCGGACAAAAUGGACGCCCCUCGUAUGCAAAUAGUGUAAACAUAUGGUAUAUCAAGGUUGUCGACCCUCUAGAUGUCACAAUUUCGAUCCGAUUUUGAUAAAACUUGAAAUACAUGUUUAUAACCCAAAGAUCUUGGUUACUUUUAAAAUUUGCACAUAUCGGAUCGUAACUUCUUGAAUUAUGACCCUAGAGGUCACAAUUUUUAUCUGAUUUGAAAAAACCUGUGACUAUAUCACUGUUACACCCUGAUGAUGGUUGAGUUCAAAUUUCGUGAAAAUCUGACCAAAACUGCAAGACAAAAUGGCCAACCCUCGUACACAAAUAGUGUAAAAAUAUUGGUAUGUCAAGGUUGUGGAACCACUGGAAGCCACAAUUUUUGUCUGAUUUUGAUGAAAAUUUAAAUUUAUGUUUAUAUCACAAAGAUCUUGAUUCCUUUGGAUAGUCACGCAUAUCCGAGCAUAACUUCCUGGAUUAUUGUCCCUAAUUGUUCGAAAAAUUGCAUUUUUAUACGACCACAUUUCAAUUGUCGUCGCCCCCGUCCGUCCUUCCGGCUUCCACCAGCAAUUGUGGAUGCUCUAGAGGCUAAAGUUAAUAUCCGAUUGACUUUAAAUUUAUACACAGUGUUUAAGGUCAUGAGAUGAAGAAGCCUAUUGAUUUUCAGCUAUUUCCGAUAAUUUAGCCAGAGUUAAAGCCCUUGAUCACUUCAAAAUCUCUUGUGGAUGCUCUAGAGGCUAAAGUUAAUAUCCAAUUGACUUUAAAUUUAUACGCAGUGUUUGAGGUCAUGAGACGAAGAAUUCUGUUGAUUUUCAGAUUUCCGAUAAUUACUGCCAAAGUUAUGGCCCUUGAUCACUUUGAAAAAUCUUGUGAUGCUCUGGAGGCUAAAGUUAUCAUCCGAUUGACUUCAGAUUGAUUCACAGAGUUAAGGUCUUGAGACGAACAAGUAUAUCGCGUUUCAAUGAAAUUUGAUAACUUGAACAGCUAAAUCCAUGAUAUUAAAUGUUUCGUGUACUAAAUGUUAGCAUACUACGGAUUUUCUGAAUUACUUAAUGAGUUGUUACUUUUAAUCAGAUUUUAGUGUAUUAUAAAUGUUUCAUUACCGAAAAAAGUAAAAAUAUGUGACAACUCUUGUUGACUGCCCUGACAAUUUAGCUGCUGUGGGCGUAUGUUUCGUUGCCUGGCAACCUAUCUUUAGCUUGUGGACCCCUAGAAGUCACAAUUUUUAUCCAAUUUCAAAAAAAAUUUAAAUUUAUUACCGUUACAUCCUAAUGACGGGUGGGUUCUAAUUUCAUGAAAAUCGGACCAAAAUGGCGGCUCCUUGUGUACACAAAUACUGUAAAAGUAUGUCAUACCAAGGUUUUUCGACUCUCUGGAAGUCACAAUUGUUAUCAGAUUGUGAUGAAACUUAAAAUGUAUGUUUAUGUCCCAAAGAUCUUGGUUCCUUUUGCUAUUUGCGCAUAUCAGAGCGUAACUUCCAGGAUUACAGCCCAUGAUUGUACAAUUCUCUAGAGGUCGCAAUUUUUUAUUCAAUUUUAAAAACGUUUAAAUAUAUCACCAUUCCACCAUAAUGAAGGUUGAAUUCGAAUUUUGGGAAAAUCGAAAUGAAACUACUCGAUAAAAUGGCCGCUCUUUGUAUGCAAAUUGUGUAAAAGUAUGUAAUAUGAAGGUUGUCACAAUUUAUUUUCAAUUUUGAUGGAACUGAAAAUAUAUCUUUAUAUCGCAAAGAUCUCAGUCACUUUCGAUAUUUACGCAUGUCAGACCAUAUCUUUCUGGAUUAAGGCCCCUAAUUGGACUAAAAAUCGCUUUUGUGUUUAGCUUGUUCUCUAUCCAUCUCUUACAAAAUGUGGGAGUAUCUUGCCCGGCAACCGCUGGUUUAUCAUCUUUGCUUAACCAUAGACCAUAACAUAUCAUUAAUAGUAUACAAACAGAACAUUAUUAACAUCCAGUUACCUGGUCUUUUAUACGCCCACAUUUUCAUGUGUAUAGCCCCAGAUUGUACGAAAAAAAUCAGGAUUUAGCUUGUGGGGCCUUCAGAGGUCACAAUAUCUAUCCAAAUGUAAAAAUCAUUUAAUAUAUCACUGUUAUAACCUAACGACGUUUGAGUUCAAAUUUCUUGAAAAUUGGACCGAAACUGCCUGACAUUUUGUAUGCCGACCCUUGUAUGCAGAUAGUGUAACGUUAUGUAAUACUAAGUUGUGGACCCUCUAGAGGUGACAAUUUUUAUCCAAUUUUGAUGAAACUUAAAAUUUGUGUUUAUAUUCCAAAGAUCUUGGUUCCUUUCGAUAUUCGCGCAUAUUGGACUGUAACUUCCUGGAUUAUGGCCUUUGAUUGUAUGAAACAAUCGUGAUAUUAGCUUUUGGACCCUUCAGAGGUCACAAUUUCUAUCCAAUUGUAAAAAUCGUUUAAAUAUAUUAUUGUUACACCCUAAUGAUGUGUGGGUUCAAAUUUCGGAAAAACCAAAAUAAAACUGCCAGUUUCUUGUACGCUAAAAUUAUAGUGUAAAAUUAUGUAAUACGCUGGUUGUGGAGCUACUAGAGGUCACAAUUUUUGUCCGAUUUUCAUUAAAGAUCUCAUUUCCUUUCGAUAUUCAUGCAUUUCAGACCAUAAAUUCCUGGAUUCUAACCCCUGAUGGUAUGAAAAAUCUCUUGCAAAAUGGGCGUAUCUUGCACGGCAACUGCUGGUUUAAUUUGGCUGGUGAACUAUUCGUAUAGUAAUGAUACGUUACAUUCUUUCUCAGAUAAAAAAUUUAAGUUGUUUAAAAUACCCUUGUUUUUCACAAAAUACAUUUGAAACAUUUUAAUUUCUUAAACAGUAGAGGUAUUUUUGAUAGCCUGUACAUUUAGAAAUUCUUUGUUUGAAUAAAUGGAGUGAGGGUGUCAUUUGUACAUUUUAUGUUUAAUGUAUCUGAUCAGUGCAUUAACUGUAUCUGAUCAGUGCAUUAACUGUAUCAGAUCAGUGCAUUAACUGUAUCAGAUCAGUUCUACUGCAUAAUACUGCCAGGAUUAUCUUUGUCUUAUUGCUUAUUAAAUGAUAAUCCAUUGCCUACUUGAUAUUUAUUGUCCCCCACCUUUCGAAGAAAGCAGGGCACUAUUAAAAUGGGUUUGCCCGUCCGUCUGUCUGUCCGUCACACUUUUUGGGACACAAUAACUCUCUUUCUAAUUGAGCUAGAAUGUUCAAACUUGGUGUAGGUGUUUAUUAGGUCAAUGCCUUGAUGGAGUUCGAAGAUGAGCAUUUUCUGCUUAGGGUAAGCAGAGAUAAGCAAUUUGAUUGGUUGAUGCUUUGGGACACGAUAACUUUAGUUCUAAGUAAGUGAGAGUGAUGAAACUUGGUGUAUAGUUUCAUUACAUCAAUACCUUGACUAAGUUCGAUAAUGAGCAUUUUCUGCUCAGGGUAAGCAGAGCGAUAAGCAAUUUGAUUGGCCGAGACUUUGGAACACAAUAAGAAUGUUCAAACUUGGUGUAGGCUUGAUGGUGUUAGAUGAUGAACAUUGUAUGCUUACAGUAAGCAGAGAUAAGCAAUCUGAUUGGUUGAUGCUUUGGGGCACGAUAACUUUGGUUAUAAUGAAGUGAGAGCGAUGAAACUCUGAAUAUAGAUUCAUUAUAUCAUUACCUUGACUAAGUUCAAUGGUGAGAAUUUUCUGCUUAGGCUAAGCAGCGAUAAGCAAUUUGAUUGGUCAAGACUUUGCAAAAUAACAACUCUGCUUUUAAUUGAGGUAGAAUGUUUAAACUUGAUGUAGAUGUUCAUUAGGUGAAUGUCUUGACUGAGUUCAAUGAUUAACAUUUCGAGCUGAAGCUAAGCAGAGCUAAUCGAUUUCAUUUGUGCUAUUAAUUAAUAUGUGUCAUCUAUUUAUUUUGGGAUUUCGGCGGGGGACAUCAGCCCCACUGUUGGCUUGUUAGUAUCAGUUUCUUAGAAAUGAAGGAAUAUUUUAUCAGUUUUUAGUUGAAUCAACAAGACCUUAUUUUGGUCAAAACAUAUGCUAUACUGACUAAAAUUAGCUAAAAUAUCAGAUAGUGUGCAAGUUUGUUUGUUACCUUAUUUAAGGUAAUAUGGCUGAUCUAUAUAGUUUUUUUAAUAGCAAAAAUGGUCAAUGAAAGCAUUGUAGUUGUUUGAAAUUGUGUUAUUUUAGUUUUACGAACCAAUUAUUUUAUGUGUAGAUUAGAUUAAAUGUAGUUGUUCAAUGAUAUACAAUAAUAUGUAGUUUAAUAUUUAUUAUUAUGUGUAGUAUAUUAGAUUUAAGGAAGAAACAUUUUGUUGUCUUGUUAUGGAAACAAUUUUUGUCACGGGCAAAUCGGCUUAUGUCUUACCCAAUGACCAUCUGUAAAUUUUUUUUUACAUUUUCUGCUUUUGCAAAACUGACAUGGAUUUGAAUCCAAAAUUUGUGGGUAUAGUUUUCAGAGAUAUUUUUAAAAAUUUGUUCAAAUAAAUUUACUGUGUAGAGAUUUUUGCAUUAUCUAGAUUUGAACAUUAUGACAUAUGUAGUUUGAGAAAUUAUUAAUAUUGAUAGAACUUGAAUUCCAAGGUAUUAUUGAGGAAUGUUUUAGAAAAUUAUAAUUAACUCUAUUUAUUAUCUAAUCAUGUAUAAUAGUUUCAAAUUAUGAAAGAUUAUAGUAAUAUUUUAUUGGUUUUAGUACAAGUUUUAUUAAUACUUUAUAUGAAAUUGCUUUCACAGAAUAUGUUAUUAACAGAAUGCGUUAGUCACAGAAUAUGUUAUUCACAGGGAGAAUCUGAUAAGAUGAAUAUUUGGGUUAAAUCAGUUUUUUCUGUAUUUUUUUAGGAUUUUAUAUAUAUCUAAUAAAACAAAGGUUUUCACUAUGGACAUGUCACAGAUUUAUAUAUUAUAUGAUAUACUUGCUGAAUUUCAAAUCAUUAGAUAGAAAGGAAGAAAACUGUAAAAUGUUCUUGAUUGUGGGCUGACAUCGAUCUUGAUGGUCCUAAUUACACCAGAGAAGUAUAUGUUUCUCAGAAGAUAGUCACUAUUGCAGGUUUUAAAAAGUAUAGCAUGAAUAUGCUAAGCCUGUUAAGGAUUAGUUCCUUUCUGUUAGAAAUGGAUAAGCUUUAAGGUCAAUUAAAUAAAAUACCAACUGUAUUCACUAGCAAAGCCUUUAAUUUGUUUAUUCAUGGAAACUAUUAACAACCUGAAAACAAAAUUAAAUUAUUUCCUCUUUCAAUUCGUUAUAUUGGUUUUAUUCAUUAUGUCAGAGUUUUAAUUUAAUUUCCCCACAAUUCUUUGUUGAGCAGUUAAUUAAUUUCCUUUGUAGAUGAAUCCCAGGGAAUCUGAAUUACAGAGACUCGAAUUUAUGAUCUUAGUAGUAUAGCUUUAUUUAUAGUGAAAGAUAUACCACCACGAAUUUAAUUUCAAGUACCUGUGACAUGAAUUAUUGUUACCAAACAUAUUUUGUACACGACGAAUAAAACUGAUCAUGGUUGUGAACAGAUCUUUCUCUGACGUAAACAGGGAAAAUAGAAAUUCAAGUACUGCUAUUUCAGUCAUAUAACUAUUUUGUAAUAUAAAAUUCUGAAUAUGUGGGUUAAAUGGGCAACACAUACUUUUUUUAUAGGAUUGUCUAGUAGUGAUUGAGCAGUUUAAUAACGAUUAAUAUUUUAAUGAAUUUUCUGUUGUACAAUACAUUUUGAGUCAAAUUAUAAGGACCAUUUGUUUAUAUAUCUUGUGAGCAAUAAGAAACUAACAGUAACAUGCCAAGAUGUAAGUCAAAAUUAAGACCGUAAGACUGUACUUAGCCAUUUGGAGUUUACAUUAGUUUAUUCAAUUUAUACCACCAUCCUUAAUGGUAUACAACUUUUAAAAAAAAAUUAUGAAACAAAUGCAAAUGCAUUAAUCAAUAUUGAAUUAUAUUGACUAUUGUAAUGCUGUUGUACAGUGAAACAGCGUAUAUUUUUGACAAAUGAAUUUGUAGCCUGCAAUGUUUGAUUUUUAAUCUUCCACGGACAAGAGAAAAAUAAUCUGCUGUUGUGCGUCAAAAAAAGAUCUGUAUUAUGAGUGGCUUAAUCGUGGUAUUAUCAAAUAGAAUGUUGUAUUAAAUUCCAUAUAUUUAUCAAAACAUUAUCUAUACCAGUUAUUUUGAUAAAAAUCCAUAUUUUUCUUAUCUUUUAUUGAAAGAAAACACAAAUUAUUCAUAUACACUUUAAUUAAUAUACUGAAAUUAUUAUUCAACAUUUAAGACUUGGAAAGAUAUUUUCAUAACAAUUAUAAUUAUCAAAUGAAGAUUGUAACUUUUUUCUAAUUAUCAAAAUAUAGAAGAACUUAUUUUGAUUAGCCAUCACUUUAUAUUUGAAAGAAUAAAUUAAAUCUUACUAGUCUGACAAACUAUAAGUAUAUGUAGUUUCAUAUUUGCUUGAUAAAUCUGCACAAAAGAUAGCAAGAUUAGUAGAACCCUGCCAGAUAAAAUUUAUAAACAGAUUUUAUUGUUUCGCAUUUCCAAGUCUUGGGAUAUAUAUAUAACAUAUAAUAAGUUACAAAGCUAGUAUAUAUAUAUAUACACUAAGUAUAUAAAAAGUUCCUAACAAUAAAAUUGUUGAUUCAAAACUAAAUCUACAGGUGAACCUUUAUAUAAUUUAUAUAUCUAAGUGCAUGAAUAUGUACUAUAAACAUGUUAUUAAUAUUAUACAUUUAUUACAAUAUUUUCAACGAACAGCUGAAUGUAUGUGAAUAAAUAUAUUUA